AUAAACACAAAGGACCAUAACUAUAAAGGAAGUUGUUCUACAAAGUCAGCGACAAGACUGUUCGUGAAAACAUCCGUCUUACUUCAGCUGAAUCUCACAUCUUCAUAUUACUAUUGACCCGUAUUUCAAUCAGGAUGACUGAUGCCUUCGUGGGCUGUGAGGUAUCGGUGGAGGUGGGUGGCGGUCUUGGGUUUUAUCAAGGCCGCGUCGUUUCCGUCAACUCUCAGAAGCAGACACUUACUAUCACCCGCGUCAUACACAAUGGGCGUCCAGAUGCUCUUAAUGAGGUCACGAUUAGUGCUUGUGACAUAAAGGACCUGAAGAUUAUUGCUCGCCCCAGUGAAACGAUGAUACAAGUGUCAAAUGCAGAGGGAAAAUCCAGCAUGCGGUAUUCUGCCCAGCGUCAGGCACAGCAGUCAUUCCAGAAGGUACAUGAUGGACAAGAACAGAUCAUUGCAAAGCCACAACAACAGCAGACAACAGGUACUGGACUGAACUUAGGUGGAGGUGAGACACCGCAACAAGCAAAACGGAAGCCUCGCACAUCCGUUGGAGAAACCUUGGCACAUGGCACACAAUCUUCAACAACUAGGGACCAAGGAAAUGAUUGGCAACGCCCAUAUCAGGCCCCCUACACGUCCCAUGAAUACAGCUCUCCAAGGCGGAAUGACAAAUAUGGCAACGACUCCUCCAGGACUCCAGGCAAGAGGGAACGUAGGCGCAACAGGGAUGAGACCACCUUCGGCACCCCCAUUGAUGAUGAUAUGCUCAGCACAGAGUUUGACUUUGAGAAGAACCUAGCGCUCUUUGACAAGCAGGCUGUGAUAGAAGAAAUACAGAGUCUCAAGCCCGAUGUGGUUCGUCAGGCAGAUAGGUAUACAGAAAAGAAAUAUAGAUGUGAUGAGAAUGUGCUGCCAUCUAAAGCACCUGCAAAGAAGCAGAUAACUGUGCCUACUUCAGGAGCUGCAGAAGUUAUCUAUGCAAAUGAUUGUGGACUGCUGGUACCUUCUGUGAGCAGUGAAUUACGGGCAGAACUCUUAUCUACGGCCAAUCAACAUGGGCUCACUCACUCACGUCAACUGGAGAUCAUUGGACGAGCUGCAACAGAAGUCAUUCUUUCUCUGAGCGGAGGCAACCACAGGCUAGGACCAGGCAACAGCCACCAGCCACCUGUUGUAGUGGUGCUGUGUGGCUGUCAUGUGCAAGGAGCUGCGGGAGUAAAUGCAGCCAGGCAGUUGGAGAGUCACGGAGUUAGGACUGUUGUUGUCACACCACAGCUGCCCACUUCACCCCCACCAUCUCUGCUGCUCACCCACGAGUUGCAGCUGUAUGCCCUCACCUCAGGACGCACAGCCUCUGACCCAGGGGGCAUUCCUGCCACCGUUGAUCUGAUUGUGGAUGCCAGACUGGACCAUAGUGGGAGAGCAGGAGAGGGAGGUUCUGGCCAUACGUGGCUCACUUCAACAACAAGGUGGGCCUCAAAUUCCCGAGCUCCAAUUCUUGCCCUCGACCCACCCAGUGACUUGGCUGCCAUCCCCUCCACCCAGCCGCCCCUUCUGGCUCGAGUCUUACUCUGUCCAUCUCUUCCCCUUGCUUAUACUCCAGCAAGGGGCAAGGUCUACCUCAUAAAUGUACCCAUCCCCCAGCAGACCUUCAGUGCCGUGGGAAUUAAGUAUGUCUCACCGUUUGGAGCUAAGCUGGUCAUUCCACUGCACCCAUAUGAGUAAGUGGAAAGCAUCUGUACAGCUGAUACGAUGAACUGACAUCCAGACAUGAUGAUUAUUCUAGUAACUAGAUAUAUUUGAAGGAAGUGAUCUCAUAGUGUUUAUUUUUAUUUUUAUCAUGUCAGUGAAAAGAUGACCAGGUGAGAGCAAGUUUUCUGAUACUGGUAAUGUAAUUGUUUGCCAGGAUGUCUAUGCUUCUGGAAGUGAAGUCUACUAUUAUUUAUGUACAUUACACCUAGUGUAGGAAAUGUUUCUUGUCAUAUUUCAAUUUGGAAAGCAUUCUACACUCAAAUGUUAAUAUAUUUUACUUAGUUCAUGACAAAUUUUUUUUCAGAUGCCUAUUGGGAUCUGAGUAAUACUCGUACAUUAUGUAGCAUUGAUCUUCCAUUAUAAAUAUUGGGUGUCAAGUUGCACAUUUAUGUUGAAACUGUAUGAAAAAGUGUAUUUUUCUAAGAGAAAGCCAUUUUUGAGAUAAGUGUUCUACAGAAACAGUAUAUGUAUACAUUGCUUUUCUAAUCAAAAGUCUAUCCUUAAAAUAUUUAUUAUGUAAUCCUAUCCAUAAUGUAACAUUAGGAUGUCUUAUGCCCCAGUGAGUGCUAUCUGUUUUGGGUAGGCAUGGAAAUACAGUAUGUGAUUUACUGGUGCAGAUACUAUUAAGAACAUGUAUUAGCAUUGCAGGAAGUGUGAUACCAGCAAUGUAAACAAUAAACUAUAUAUAGAGAGAAAAAGUUUAAAAAGAAAUACUACUGUUCAUUCAAAUAGUUUGUGCCAAUUCUGCAAGGUGGUUUCACAGAAAAUAGUCUGAGGAUAUUUCCUUUUUUAUGAUUUAUACAAAUGAUCUGUGAUAAAGUUGUAUACAGAAGUU